AUGGCCUCAACUUACAAGAUCGUCACUCUUCCCGGAGAUGGUAUCGGCCCGGAAGUCAUCGAACAAGCAACCCGAGUCUUGGAUGUCAUCUCGGAAUCUGGAAAAGUCAAGUUUGAAGUGGAAGCUUGCGAUUUCGGCGGCAUUGCCAUCGACAACCACGGUAACCCACUCCCACCCUCCACCCUCCAAGCAUGCCAAGCGGCCGAUGCAAUCCUCCUGGGCUCGGUUGGAGGACCGAAGUGGGGUGUAGGCAAAGUGCGACCUGAGCAAGGCUUACUAGAGCUGCGGAAAACCCUUGGCCUAUAUGCCAACAUUCGACCUGCACUGUUUCCCUCCGAGUCGCUCGUCCAGCUAUCGCCUCUCAAAGACUCGAUCGCCUCUGGAACCGAGAUCAUCGUGGUACGGGAACUGAUUGGAGGAAUCUACUUUGGCCAACGAACCGAGGCAACCUCCUUCGAGGCCGACGGCGGAGAGGCCAGCGUAGCGAAAGAUGAGUGUUCCUACAGUGUCGCCGAAAUCCAAAGGAUCGCACGAGUGGCAGCUUUCUUGGCCAUGACCACAUCACCUCCCAUGGCCGUUCAUUCGGUCGACAAGGCCAACGUUUUAGCAACUUCUCGUCUAUGGCGAAAGGUCGUCACCGAUCUGUUUGCCAAGGAAUUCCCUCAACUGGCCUUGGACCAUCAUCUCGUCGAUUCAGCUGCCAUGUUGAUCUGCUCCAAUCCUAAGAAGCUAAACGGAAUUGUGCUGACCGAAAACCUCUUUGGCGAUGUUCUCAGUGACGAGACAUCUGUGAUCCCAGGCUCACUUGGGCUUCUUCCCUCAGCUUCCUUGGCCGGAAUCCCAGACCGCAAGUCGAAAUGUCUAGGAGUCUAUGAGCCAAUUCACGGGUCUGCCCCUGACAUCGCUGGCCGCGGGGUCGCCAAUCCUGUCGGUACGAUCCUUUCUGUCGCGCUCAUGCUGAGAUACUCCUUGGGUCUCGAUCGCGAAGCGGAGCAAAUCGAGCUCGCCGUUCGUCGAGUUUUGGACUCUCCAGAAGCAGGUGGCCAUGGCUUACGAACCGCUGAUCUGAAAGGACAAGCAUCAACCAAGCAGCUGGGUGAUGCUGUGGUCUCAGCUCUCAAAAACAUCCUAUCUCCCUGA